CGGCCCCCCGCGCAAGCGGCGAUGGCGGCGGCGGCGGGAGCUGCAGCGGCGGCGGCCGCCGAGGUGCGGAAGGGGAGGGGGAGAGGCGGGUGCAUGCCCGCGCGCGCGCCCGGGGGAAGCGCGCGCCCGUGCAAUGCUCCGGGGGUGCAACGGGGCCGGGGGGCCCGGACGGGACUUGCAGCAAACCGGGGGGCCAGCACCGGGGGCGGAUGAGGGGACCAGGGGGUGGGAGGUGGGGGGAGUGGGCACGGAGGCGCGCAUGCAGCCGCCGGCCGUCCCCGAGUGGGCGGCGGGCGCCGGGGCCCCAGGAGCUCGCGCGAGGGGCACGAGGGGCCGUCCGCCGGGCUGGGGGGCAGCGGGCGCUGGAGGGGUUGGUGCCCGGGGUCCCCGCGGCCUGGGGGACAAAGGGGGAGCGGCGCGUGCAGCCGGGAGGAGGGGGCGGGGCCGGGGCGCGGAGGCCCCGCCCCCUCCCCCUCCUCUGCUCUCGGCCCCAGAGAUGCGGGGUCUGCCGAGAGGGAGGGGGUUGAUGCGGGCCCGGGGCAGAGGUCGUGCGGCCCCUCCGGGCAGCCGCGGCCGCGGCCGGGGGGGCCCCCAUCGAGGCAGAGGUAGGCCCCGGAGCCUCCUCUCUUUGCCCCGGGCCCAGGCGUCCUGGGCCCCCCAGCUGCCUCCCAGGCUGACCAGUCCGCCUGCUGUCGCUUGUCUCCCCUCCCAGGGGGAGGCCCCCGCCGACAUGGGGGCGCUUCUGCUGGAGAAGGAGCCCCGAGGAGCCGCGGAGAGAGUUCACAGCGCCCUGGGGGAUGCUCCCCGGAGCGAGGAGACCCUACCCAAGACCACCCCUGAGUCCCUGGAGCCUUCUGGUCCCUCCUCCCCGGCCUCUGUCACUGUCACCGUGGGCGAUGAGGGGGCCGACACCCCGAUCGGGGCCACGCCGUUCAUUGGAGAGGAACCCGAGAAUCUGGAGGGAGAUGGAGACCUGGCAGGGAGCCGCAUGCUGCUGGGCCAUGCCACCAAGUCCUUCCCCUCGUCCCCCAGCAAGGGGGGUGCCUGCCCCAGCCGUGCCAAGAUGUCAAUGACAGGGGCUGGGAAGUCACCUCCUUCUGUCCAGAGCUUGGCCAUGAGGCUGCUGAGUAUGCCUGGGGCCCAGGGAACCGCAGCAGCAGGGCCUGAGCCCCCUCCAGCCACCACCAGUCCAGAGGCGCAGCCUAAGGUCCACCGAGCCCGGAAAACCAUGUCCAAGCCGGGAAAUGGACAGCCCCCGGUACCUGAGAAGCGGCCUCCUGAAGUGCAGCAUUUCCGCAUGAGCGACGAUGUCCACUCGCUGGGGAAGGUGACCUCCGAAGUGGCCAAAAGGAGGAAGCUGAACACGGGAGGUGGCCUGGCAGAGGAGUUGGGUUCUACUCGGGGUUCAGGAGAGGUGACCCUGGAGAAGGGGGACCACAGGUCCCUGGAGGAGUGGGAGACAGUGGUGGGCGACGACUUCAGUCUCUACUAUGACUCCUACUCUGUGGAUGAGCGCGUGGACUCGGACAGCAAGUCUGAAGUUGAAGCUCUGGCAGAACAACUGAGUGAAGAGGAGGAAGAAGAGGAAGAGGAAGAAGAGGAGGAAGAGGAGGAGGAGGAAGAAGAAGAGGAGGAAGAUGAGGAAUCGGGCAACCAGUCAGAUAGGAGUGGCUCCAGUGGGCGACGCAAAGCCAAGAAGAAGUGGCGGAAGGACAGCCCCUGGGUGAAGCCGACUCGGAAACGCCGAAAGCGCGAGCCACCGCGGGCUAAGGAGCCACGAGGAGUGAAUGGUGUGGGCUCCUCAGGCCCCAGUGAGUACAUGGAGGUCCCUCUGGGGUCCCUGGAGCUGCCCAGCGAGGGGACCCUCUCCCCCAACCACGCUGGGGUGUCCAAUGACACGUCUUCACUGGAGACAGAACGAGGCUUUGAGGAGCUGCCCCUGUGUAGUUGCCGCAUGGAGGCCCCCAAGAUUGACCGCAUCAGCGAGAGAGCAGGUCACAAGUGCAUGGCCACUGAAAGCGUGGAUGGAGAGCUAUCGGGAUGCAAUGCUGCCAUCCUCAAGCGGGAGACCAUGAGGCCAUCAAGCCGUGUGGCGCUCAUGGUGCUCUGUGAGACCCACCGCGCCCGCAUGGUCAAGCACCACUGCUGCCCGGGCUGUGGCUACUUCUGCACUGCGGGCACCUUCCUGGAGUGCCAUCCUGACUUCCGUGUGGCCCACCGCUUCCACAAAGCCUGUGUGUCCCAGCUGAAUGGCAUGGUCUUCUGUCCCCACUGUGGGGAGGAUGCCUCUGAAGCCCAGGAGGUGACCAUCCCCCGAGGCGAUGGUGUUACAUCCCCAGCUGGCACUGCAGCCCCUCUGCCCCCAACCCUGGCCCAGGAUGCCCCUGGGAGAGCAGACACUUCCCAGCCCAGCGCCCGAAUGCGUGGGCACGGGGAGCCACGACGUCCACCCUGUGACCCCCUGGCUGACACCAUCGACAGUUCUGGGCCCUCUUUGACCCUGCCCAGUGGGGGCUGCCUGUCAGCUGUGGGGCUGCCACCAGGGCCAGGCCGAGAGGCCCUGGAAAAGGCUCUGGUCAUCCAGGAGUCAGAGAGGAGGAAGAAGCUCCGGUUCCACCCCCGGCAGCUGUACCUGUCAGUGAAGCAGGGGGAGCUGCAGAAAGUGAUCCUCAUGCUGUUGGACAACCUGGACCCCAACUUCCAGAGUGACCAGCAGAGCAAGCGCACACCCCUGCACGCGGCCGCCCAGAAGGGCUCUGUGGAGAUCUGCCAUGUGCUGCUGCAGGCUGGAGCUAACAUCAAUGCAGUGGACAAGCAGCAGCGGACGCCCCUGAUGGAGGCUGUGGUGCACAACCACCUGGACGUGGCCCGCUACAUGGUGCAGCGCGGCGGCUGCGUGUACAGCAAGGAAGAGGAUGGCUCCACCUGCCUCCACCAUGCAGCCAAGAUUGGGAACCUGGAGAUGGUCAGCCUGUUGCUCAGCACGGGACAAGUGGAUGUCAAUGCCCAGGACAGCGGCGGGUGGACGCCCAUCAUCUGGGCCGCAGAACACAAACACAUUGAAGUGAUCCGCAUGCUGCUGACACGGGGUGCUGACGUCACACUUACUGACAAUGAGGAGAAUAUCUGUCUGCAUUGGGCCUCCUUCACUGGCAGCGCUGCCAUUGCCGAGGUCCUCCUGAAUGCCCGCUGCGACCUGCAUGCCGUCAACUACCAUGGGGACACGCCGCUGCACAUCGCGGCCCGGGAGAGCUACCACGACUGCGUGCUGUUGUUCCUUUCACGUGGGGCCAACCCUGAGCUACGUAAUAAGGAGGGGGACACAGCAUGGGACCUGACCCCUGAACGCUCCGACGUGUGGUUUGCACUCCAGCUCAACCGCAAGCUCCGGCUCGGGGUGGGGAACCGCGCCAUCCGCACUGAGAAGAUUAUCUGCCGGGAUGUGGCUCGAGGCUAUGAGAACGUGCCCAUUCCCUGCGUCAACGGAGUGGAUGGGGAACCCUGCCCCGAGGAUUACAAGUACAUCUCGGAGAACUGCGAGACCUCCACCAUGAACAUUGACCGCAACAUCACCCACCUGCAGCAUUGCACGUGUGUGGACGACUGCUCCAGCUCCAACUGCCUGUGCGGCCAGCUCAGCAUCCGAUGCUGGUAUGACAAGGAUGGGCGGCUGCUCCAGGAAUUUAACAAGAUCGAGCCCCCUCUGAUUUUCGAGUGUAACCAGGCAUGCUCCUGCUGGAGAAACUGCAAGAACCGGGUGGUGCAGAGCGGCAUCAAGGUGCGCCUGCAGCUCUACCGAACAGCCAAGAUGGGCUGGGGGGUCCGCGCCCUGCAGACCAUCCCCCAGGGGACCUUCAUCUGCGAGUAUGUUGGGGAGCUUAUCUCUGAUGCUGAGGCCGACGUCCGGGAGGAUGAUUCUUACCUCUUCGACUUAGACAAUAAGGACGGAGAGGUCUACUGCAUUGAUGCCCGUUACUAUGGCAACAUCAGCCGCUUCAUCAACCACCUGUGUGACCCCAACAUCAUCCCUGUCCGCGUUUUUAUGCUGCACCAAGAUCUGCGGUUUCCACGCAUCGCCUUCUUCAGUUCGCGCGACAUCCGGACUGGAGAGGAACUAGGAUUUGACUACGGUGACCGCUUCUGGGACAUCAAAAGCAAAUAUUUCACGUGCCAGUGUGGCUCUGAGAAGUGCAAGCACUCAGCUGAGGCCAUCGCCCUGGAGCAGAGCCGCCUGGCCCGAAUGGAUCCUCACCCCGAGCUGCUGCCCGAGCUCGGCUCCCUGCCCCCCGUCAGCACCUGAGCCUGGACCAAACCCGCUGACCCUGUCCCCCAGUGCCACCCUGGAAGGCCAGCAGCCCAGCCACCUCUGCCACCUGCUGCUCACAGCCCUCCUCUCCUCUACUGCCCCUCCACACGUUCCUCCAGCAGACACCCCAGCCAGGCCCUGGAGGUCUGACAGCCCCCCCGACUCCCAGAGCUGGUUCCUUCCUGGGAAGGUGAUGUCAGGGCUGGCCAACCCCUGCUCCCCACCUCCACUGAAAUUUGAUGAAUUGAAAUUGGGCCUCAAUGCCAACUGGUUCCCCUUGAUCUCAGUAAACGCUGGGUUUGGUAAUAAACUGUCUAGGUAAUUGUUGCCA